AUGGUUAGAGCUAGAGGUGGUCGAUUUGCAGGUCGUUCUGCACCACGUGCUCCACCUAUUGCCUUUGCUCGUAAAGCACGUGUAGUUGCUCAUGUUAAGAACCCAUCGCAGUACACUUAUUCAAGAUUGGUGAAGAUGGCAAGGAGCAAGAGACGCCGCACUUGUUAUAAAGGUCCCAGCUCCACUUCUGCUAUAAAAACGCUUUCAAGAGACAUGUUAAUAGAGGUGGUUGCAAUUGUGGCCUCACACUCUUUCAUUGACCUUCACGCCAUCAAAAUGUGUUGUAAAGAUUUUAUUGACGCUACUGAAGAUAGCUCUAUUUGGCGAAAAGUUUCUUUGGACACAUUCCCAUUAAUCCUGUGGCUUUCUAAUGACAAAGUAUCGUCAUUCUUGAACCGUUGCAAGGAGUAUGGAAACAUGGAGAGCUUGUAUAGAGAAGGAUUGCUGAAAUAUUUUGGUUAUCCAAAUGGAAAGAUUGAUGGUCUUGAAAUCUUGAAGGUAGUUGCUCAAAAGGGUCAUAAGGAAGCAAAAUAUGCGUGCGGUAUGAUUUCAUUAUGCUCUGAAGAUGAAGAUAUGAGAAAUCAAGGACUUGAACAUAUGCGUUCUUUGAGGAAGUUCAAGUGUGUAGUAGGAUCCAGACAUAAAGUGAAACAAUUAUUGGGCUCUAUAUGGAAAAAUAAUGGAAUGCUCAAGCGUAAUCAGAACCCCCUUUGUAACUCUAAGACCACAUGCAAAGGGUGGAGAGUGAAGACAGGUCGAUGGGCAUUAAUUGAUGAUGAUGACGAUGAUGAUGAUGAUAUUGGAUUAUGUGAGUAUUGUAGAUGGGAUCAUGAGUUAGAAGUUUUUUACCGAUUAUUCAAUGUUCACUAG